GAUCGCGGAUAUUAAAUGCAUGAAACGGGACAAUUUCAAUUCAAGAUGGCGUUCAUCGCAGAGGACGUGGGUUAAAUUUUCCCAGAAAUCGACGUAAUAUUGCAGUCCACCAUGGAAAAGAAGGAAGCGAAUCUUCCCAGCUCGAAUGUUCCAGGUUUUUUGGCCAAGCUGUGGCUGCUUGUUGAUGAUGCGACGAACGAUGAACUCAUUGGAUGGGGUCCCUCUGGGAAUAGCUUUGUUGUUCAAAACCAGACACAUUUUGCAAAGGACAUCUUGCCCAAGUUCUUCAAGCACAACAACAUGGCCAGUUUCAUCCGCCAACUCAAUAUGUAUGGGUUUCGCAAGAAAGCCAACCUGGAGCACGGAUGUCUGAAGCUAGACAGUGAUGAGAUCGAGUUCCAACACCCAAACUUUGUUAAAGGAAGAACUGAUCUUUUAGAGAAUAUAAAGAGAAAGGUGUCGGCUCGUGAAGAGAACAAGUUGAAAUAUGAAGACAUGCAUCAGAUUCUGACAGAUGUUCAAGACAUGAAGGGCAAACAGGAAAACAUCAGCGGCACACUGGAAGCUAUACAGAGGGAGAACGAAGUUCUCUGGCGUGAAGUGGUCUAUCUUCGCACGCGUCAUGAGAAACAACAGAAGAUCGUCAAUCGUCUGAUUCAGUUCCUAAUCACGAUGGUCAAACCAGUUGGAUUGAAGAGAAAACAACCUUUGAUGAUCGAGGCAGCCUCCGACCCAAGUAAACCCAAAUACUCCAGACUUGCCAACCCGGGGGACAACAUCCAAGUCAUUGAGCCCGUCUCCUUUGACACUGACAUCGCCACCUUACCUGAAGUUGGCACCCUUCCCUCAGGAGCAGUCCUAUCCGACAUCACCGACAUCCCAUCCACCACCGGACAGCCUCUCUCCAGCCCCGGCAUCGAGCCCGGCAUGGCCGCUGUCUCCGACCAGACCCCAGCCACCCUUGACCCAUCGCUCUUUGAGCUGGACAUACCCCCCGCGACGGCCGACAUGGCCCAAGCUGUUACAUCACCGAUGGUGACAUCACCAGCUGGCCUGGAGCCCAGUACUUCUGACCUGGCCCUGCCUAGUGGGGGAGACACUGGCAUGUUUGGAAGCACUGCGUGGCCGUUGCAGGAGACUGACGGCCAGGCUAAUGCUGGCAUGGCUUCGCUUUUUGACACAGACGAUGAUGAACAGGGUGAGGGAAUUGUCGGGAACGGCCUGGGGUCGCCGUUGGGUCAGACGUCAGGUAUGACGUCAGGCUCAGGAUCCAAGGCCAUCAUGAAGAGAAUGCUGUCACAUGAUGAACAAAGGGGUGAGAUUGGCGAACACGUCAACACCGUGCAGGAGAACCUGGACUUAAUCCAACACAUGUUGACGUCAAUCGGCAGCGCAACACCGUACAAUCUGGAUAUGGACUCGCUCAUGGAGAUAUUCAACUCAGAAAAUAGUGGCAAUACCAAUGAAACGGAUCUGUUCCCAAACAUGGCUGUUUCCCAUUCACAAAGCAAUGAAGACGGGGACCAGGAAAAUGUCAAAGGCAAUGAGGUGGUCCAGUAUGUAUCCUCUUCCUCCUCGCCUGCAUUCACGGUGGAAGACGAGGACUCCUUGCUGAGAUCCUUGGACGAUGAUGCAGCGGCAUUGGCAAGCCCUAACAACAGGCCCAAGAUCUGACCGUGAAGAUGGAUGGAUUUCAGUGAGGAUGAGGCUGAAUGUAAGACAAAUAUUUCAUCGGAUGCAGAACAUUAUGUUAAAAAGAGUGUCGAAAUUCGACAGUCAAGGAAUUAAAAACUGCCUCAAAUUUGUCCUUUCACUAGUUGGUUCUGUAGACAAUUAUCCGCUUUGGGAUUUGGCAGCGUUAAACGAGGGGAGCUUUCUGGUUUGGGCGAAAACGGAAGAGAAAUACGCAAACCAAAAAGCGCCCUCUAUUAUGGCCACCGUAUCUCAAAAAGCGCCCUCUAUUAUGGCCACUGUAUCUCAAAAAGGCUGAUAGCAUACAAAUAUUGACUGUUCCGAGUGGUGUGGUAAAACUAGCCUCAUGAGGUGAUCCGUAGAGCAAAACACUGCAUGGAUCACUGAGGGAGGCUAGUUUUAUUACACCACCCAUUAAAGCGGUCAGUAUUUGUUUUAUAACGCCUCACUUGCAUAUUCUGCUUGGUUUUCAGAGAUAAUUAAUAAAUUUAACCGAAAUCCA